AUGAGCAAAUUCACAGGAACCAGCAACGAGGACUGUUGCGAAAAGACCUGUGUUCACUUUCCAUGUCCCCACGGCUUCCGGACGAAUGUGGCCUAUGCGAAGAACACGGGCUGGUCCCCUGAAGCGUGCUGCGACCAGACCUGCGAGACCUUCGAAUGCGCUGAAGGCUACAGGGUCACCACGGCCACAGCACAGGGAGUGAACCUGACACAUGACACCUGCUGUUCACCGACCUGUGGACUUCACAAAUGUGGAGUCUUCUGGAGGGCUUCGGAGGACCGGAGCUUUUGGGUCGGAGACUCCGACGCCGUGUGCUGCGAGCCGCGUUGUGCUUUGAUGCAAUGCGGCCUCGGCUGGGCGUUGGAUGACCAGAAGGUCGAUCAGGUGGGCGCCACACGCGAGGAGUGUUGUGCCAAGACCUGUGAGAUCGCCCAGUGCCCACAGGGCUGGCGGAUUCCCGAGAGCAAGGUGAAGAAAAUUGCUCGCAAUGAGAGCGAAUGCUGCCAGCCGACGUGUGAGCAACAUGUUUGCGGCAAGGGCUAUGUGACGGAUGCCACCAAAAGUGAUCUUUUCAUGCCUUCCAACGACCGAUGCUGUCAGAAGAAGUGUGCUGCCUUCGAGUGCCCUGACGGCUGGGUGCGAGAUGAGAGUAAGGGCGAUCUGCUGGCGACCAAUGCCGAAGGCUGUUGCAUCAAGCAAUGUCGUCUCCACGAAUGCGGCGCUGGUUGGCUCACCAACACCUCCAAGAAUGCCCUCCUGGGCUCUACCGAUCCGAUCUGUUGCGAUCAGACCUGCGCUGCCUUCGCGUGCGCCCCCAACACGACGAAUCGUCCGGACGUGGCGAACAGCACCAACAUUAGCUGCUCGGUGAGAAGAGGAACAGUGACAAGGCUGGCCGCUGCCUUGUUGGAGCACAGGCCCGUGCUGGGUCUUCGUGCGAAGAAGAAGAGGGACCAGAGAGGCGCGGCAGCAGCGAUGGGUGGCUCGAAGCUUCUCCAGCAAGGCACGUGCGGCGGAGGUGGUGUUGAACAACUCGGGGAGCAAGUGGCGGUGAUCCAAGACCAGCAGAUCCCCAAGGACGAGGCCAUGAAAGCCUUGUCCGGAAAAGGAUUCGAUGUCUCCUGGUCGCUGGCGGAGCCUUCGGAUGCCUGGGCCAUCGUGACGGCCCGGGGGAUGCGGAGGGUGCAGGGGCUGCAGGAGUUCGCGAAUGUCGAAUUUGCCCGCCGCGGUGCGCAUGAUGCGCGACCAGAACGCCCCGGCAAAGAGGCCAUUGGAACCAACCAAUGGACGCCUUUCCCGCUGGAAGCGGCGGUGAAGCCACGCUUGGAGGCUGGUGGAAUGCCCCUGGCCUAUGCGCAUGCCCUCGCCAGCGGGGCGAUGUUUCCCCGCCCUGGUCUUCUUCCAGCCGCCGCCCUCACCCCCGGCCCCGUCCUCGCUGCGCAAACCGCCGCGGGUCUCGCCACCGCUCCUGGCCUAGCGGGUCUCGCCACGCUGGCGGCUGCGGCCUCGAAAGCAGCUCCCGCAGCGGGGCUCACGGCGCCCGCAGUACUCCCCGCAGCGCUCGCCAGCGCCAGCAGCGCGCGGCCGGCGGCGGCCGCGGCGGCGAGUGCGACGCUGCCGGCAGCGUUGAGCGCGGCAUCGGUGCCGCAGAGGGAUCCGCAGGAGGUGAAGCAGGCCUUGAUCCACUAUGGCUGCGUGAUCCCCAAGGAGGCGGGUAUCCGCGACCUGCAAAUGCAGCUGACAGACUUCGAGAUGCAUUUGAAGCGUGCGGAGGCCACCAAGAAGAUCCGCCGGCACUCGGACCAGGCCAUCCUCGCAUGCUACAAGGACGGCUAUUCACCUGGCCACGAGGCUCUUGUGAAGAUGCUCGAGUCUGGUAUUGAUCCCGAUACUCCAUCCACAGGAACGCAGUCGGGCUUCGUGGUGGGAAUGACGCCAAUCCUUGCAGCCGCCUCAUGGGGAAAGGCGACACCCGUGGAGGGUCGUGGGCUUCGCUCGAAGCCCGCGGAGGAACGGUCGAAGGAGCAUUGGAAUCUUGGAAGAGCGACCUUCGAUGCAACGGCGUACCUCAACGACUUCGAUGCGGCGACGGUGGAUGACAUCCGACUUCUCAUCGCGGCGGGUGCCGAUAUGACGGCCAGGUGCUUCACGCCGCUUGGAACGGAGAGGAUCUUCGUGGAACGGUUUUCAACCACCCAAACGGGUGAUGGUGAGAUGGUGACCGAGGACGCGAUCGCCGCGUCCGCCUCGGUGGACACCGGCGGCGUGGAUCGAAUCCAUGCGAUGCUUCGGAUGAUCAUUGAUGCAGAUCCCUCGCCCUUUGGACAUCGAGAAUUGGUGGGUCAAUGCUGGACGCCGGCAGAGUGGGCGAAGCACGAGAAGAAGCGCCACCACUCGGCCUUCUUGUCGAGCUAUGUGGGCGGCGACGAUUUGGUGAUCGAAUCGUCAGGUCGACUGGCUGAAGUGGUGACGAAUCCUGUGACCAAGGAGGUACUGGACAAGCAUCCCAAGUGCAAGCUGGUGGCCGUCUCCUUUACUGGCUUCAACCACGUGGACCUCGAGGCGUGCAAGGAGAGGGGCAUCUCUGUGGUGAACGUGCCCGCCUACUCCACAGACUCCGUGGCGGAGCUCUCGGUGGGCUUGGCUUUGGCAGUCUAUCGGGAGAUCCCGGCCGGAGAGAGGACGCUGCGCGCGGGCGGUUGGGUGCAUUCCUCCGGUGGCAUGGAGAUCCGGGACAAGGUGGUUGGCAUCGUUGGACUUGGAGACAUCGGCUUGAGGACGGCGGAGCUCUUCAAGGCCUUUGGCCCCUCCGAAAUCCUCGGAUGGUCCCGGCGGCCGAAGGCGGCCUUUGAGACGUUGGGGAAGCAAGUGCCCAUCGAGGAGCUCUUUGAAAAGUCCGACAUCGUCUCCUUGCACGUAGCGCUGAAUGCCGAGACCCAGGGCAUCAUCGGCCGGUCCUUGAUGGAACGAUUGUGCGGGUUGCGGGUGCGGCAGAUGGAUGUUCGGCCAGUUUCCGAUGCGUCAGACAGCCUGGAUGUCUUCGCCACGGAGCCCAUUCCCGCGGACGACCCCAUCCUCAAGGUGCCAGCAGACCAGGCUGUGAUGAUCCCUCACGUCGCGUGCGCUCAGUUGGUCGUUCGCCUGUUGCUGGUUGCAACCCUGCUCAGCACUGGAAAGGAGGUGCCACAGGGCUUGGACGUGGAAACCCGAUUGGACCGAAACGGCGUCUACCACAUGGACACCUCGGGGAACAGUGGAUCUACGGUGAUGUUCACGCCCUUGCAAACUUGGGGCACACCCGAUGUGACUCCUGAACUCAUGACCAAGCGGACGGUGACCCUGGACAAGGAGGCCACCAACAUCAAGCUCUUCGCAGAUGGGCCUGACAGCCCCAGAGAACGCGGCGAUAUGAUGCGCGCUUCAUCCAUCGACGAUGCGGCGCACCAGGGGGGGGCCGUGGCUGGACCAGGGCACCCUAUAGCCACGCACGAGGUCCACGCGCGCGGCGGAGGUCGGCAAGAAGUCCGGAGUCCGCCGGCGAUGUCGGUGAAAAUACCGUGCGGUGUGGCGCGGAGCGUGGGCGAUGUGUGGGUGCGGCGCUUCUUCGAAACUGGAUGGGAAGAGGUUGAGACCUUGGGCCGCGGUGCCCGUGGGCCGGUCGUGAGCAUCCGCCGCGCCGAUGGGCGAGGCCCCAUCUCGGCACUGAAGCGAUCCACUCACCAUGAGGUGGAAGCAUUGAAGGCGCUGAGCAAUUGUAGGAACAUUGUGGAACUGGAAGAGAUCUUCCUCUGCAGCGGUCAGGUGUUGGCCCGACUGGAGUGCAUGGAGGGUGGAUCCUUUCGAUCCUACCUACGGGCCCGACCGCCUGGACGGGUGUCUGAGGACGUGGUCCGCUAUGUGGUGGGACAAGUCCUUGAAGGUUUGCAGGACAUGCACCAAAGUGGGUGGAUGCAUCGCGACGUGAAGGCGGAGAACAUUGGCCUGGGCUGUGAGCUCUCCAGUUGGGGCUAUCGCGACUGCACGGUGAAGCUCCUGGACUUCGACGUGGCCGUGGAGGUCGGCUGCGGCGGGCUCUCCGAGGUCAUUGGUACCGUGGAGAACAUGGCGCCGGAGGUCUUUAAGGGCUCCUACAAUGAGCUGGCUGACAUCUGGAGUGUGGGAAUCAUCACCUACGAGGCACUCUAUGGCUACCGGCCUUUCAACGAUGCCAAUGUGGAUCGCAUUGAAGAGAUGGUCCGGAACUGGCAGAGGUACUUGUUGUUUCCCUUUGACGCAGCUGAGCUGCCUGCCCACUUCAUCCGCCUGAUGUUGGCGGAUCCCGAGGAGCGGGCAGCUGCCGGUACGGUGCGACACCACCGGUGGUUGAGACCAGGUCACAUUGAGAGCGAGUUACCUGCCACCGGAUCGGGCUUCCCCAACUCGUACCGGCAUCAUCCCAGCUCCAAGUCGGAGGGUUCCAAGGUGAAGCUUCACGAGGCCAACUGCCGUUCGCGCUCAGUGAAGGUUUCCACUGUGAAGCUCUUGGAGGGCUUGCGAGACGAGCCAAAGGAUGAGAUCGAGACGUCCUUCACCGAAUGGGAUCAGGACUCACCCAGUGGCCAAGCAGUGGAAACCUUAUCGCGCCUCAGGCAGGGUCUCUCCAUGUGGACCAACAGUCGUUUUGCCAUGGUGGACGGAACUGAUGCAGCGGAUUUAGGCCAGCAGCUUGGAGAAGGCGCUGGUACUUCCUGUAGCCUUCCCACGCGCCACGCCAGUCGCUUCAUCCCACUGAAGUCCGAGUGCGCGGAGUUCAGGACGGAACGAGUCCCGGAACGAGGAGCUCGGCACACAGACGUCACAGGUUCUGAAGCCAAGACGGAGUCUCUGGAAGAUCUGGAGGCCUCGUCCAUGGUGGAGGACGACACGCGGGAUCCGAGUGCGGACCAGUGGCACCAAAGCUAUCUCCAGCGGAUCAGGGAUUGGUUUUUUCGGGGGCAGACAGGGUGGUGA